AUGAACAAUCUAGCAAUUGCUCAGUUAAAGAAUAUUCCGGCUUAUAUCAAGCUAUCUGAAGACGAAAAAGAGCAAUGUAUUGAGAAGAUAUGUUCAUCCAAACUCCUCGGUACGCUGAACUCCAAGGCCGCAGCAGGCCUCUCUAUCCAGAAGACUCUUGAUGAUAUCCUCAAGGCAGAGACCUCUGCUGCCAAUAUAGGAUCACAAGGUGACGCAACUCCAUAUACAUUGGUGGUACAGAAACAACCAUCGUGUGGCAUAUUCGUUGACAGAGUUUCAGAAAUCACCAAAAUGGCAACUCAUUAUUUGAAGGUCAUUGCCAUUGGCAAUCUAAGCAGUGGUGAACGCAACAACUAUGCGCCACCAAUCCUGGCAACAUCACAGAUGUGGGGAUCGGGCAAGACACACCUUGGAAAUAACUUCAUUCGCAAACUCAAAGACAGUGCGACGAUCAGGGAGGCUGCUCUGGAAAAGUACGUAGAUGUGAUAAAUGGACAGAAUCCAAGGGUGAACAUUCAGAAGCUCAUGUCUCUUCAAACCGUAUACAUUGAUAUGAGGAACAUUACCAUCAAUCAGGAGAAUGGAGACAUAUCGGCCAUAUGGAUGGCUGCACUCUGUCAUUUCUUGAUUCAAACUGGCAUACCAAUCUGUCGAAAGCCCAAUCCAACGCCUUGUGAACACACUCCCAAAGGUGUCCUCAACAGUAUUGCACAAUGCUUCAUCCACAUCGAUGAAAUAGACCACAUCUUUGCCAACAACCAGGACCGUACAAACUCAAUGUCGAUCGUCUAUUAUCUCUGGACCAAUCUCUUCCAAGAUCUUGCACUCAAUGGCUAUCCUGUCUACAUCUCUGGACGAUCUUCAGUUCUCUUGACAAUCAACCAGCAUUUGUUUGGACCUCGCUUGGAGUCUCCAGUUUCUUCCAAGAUCUUCCAGAUCCUUCUCGACAUGUUCUCCAUUGAACACAUCAAAGAGUAUGUCAGCCAGAGACUCAAGAUUACAGAGAUACCACAAAAGCUGAUUAAUGAGAUCUUUGAGGUAAGGUAA